AUGAAGGACAUAGCUUAUAGUGAAAUCCUGACACCAGCAACCCAGUUCUUGCCAACCAAAGUCACUCAACCACCAAGAGAUAUUAUUAAAACCUUCUCACAUACGAAACGGGUUGGAAAUUACCUUCUGGGUAAAACAUUAGGAGAAGGAUCGUUUGCUAAGGUUAAGGAGGCUUUACAUGUACCAACAGGAGAAAAGGUUGCUGUGAAGGUAAUUGAUAAGAAGAGAGCUAGAGCCGAUUCGUAUGUUCGUAAAAACUUACGCAGAGAAGGCAAACUUUUGCAAAUGGUGCGACAUCCCAAUGUCGUGAAACUGCUCGAAAUUAUGGAAACUGAAAACAGUUAUUAUCUAGUCACUGAACUAUGUCAAGGUGGUGAUUUUAUGGACUAUAUUUGUAAGAAACGGAAGCUAGAGGAAGGAGAAGGCAAGAAAUAUGUUAAACAGAUUGUUUCCGCAGUAGAUUAUUUACAUCGUUUGGGAAUUUUACACAGAGAUCUAAAAAUUGAAAACCUUCUUUUAGAUUCUAAUAAAGAUAUUAAAAUUAUUGAUUUCGGACUGAGUAAUAUCAUUAAAGUUUCAACAACCACCGAAGGGACGAGGGCACAAGAAUUUUGUGUUACUCAAUGUGGUUCACCGGCAUAUGCUGCUCCUGAAUUACUCAGUCAUCAAAAAUACGGUCCACAAGUAGACGUUUGGAGCAUUGGCGUUAACAUGUUUGCAAUGCUAACUGGUAGCUUGCCCUUCACCGUUGAACCUUUUAAUAUAAAGGCUCUUCACAACAAGAUGGUUAUGGGUCUAAUGAACCCUAUUCCUGAACAUCUUUCCAACGAAUGCCGAGACUUACUUCGCAAAUUUUUGACGCCUGAUCCAGAGAAACGUGUCACAAUCACUGAUGCUAUGAAACACCAUUGGUUGUGUGACGGGGGAACUGGUGGGAAGUUCGAACGCCAUCCCUGUCCAAAUAAACUGAAAACAGAAGAAUUGGACAGUAAUCUUCUGAAACAUAUGUGUCAUAACCUUGGAUUUCGAAUGGGAGAGAUAGUAAGGUUUUGUACUGGUAACAUACCAAGCGCUGCUAAUGCCACAUAUCAACUGUUCUCGAAGAAACUGAAGCGUUAUAACAACGAUCCCAAGACAAAGAGUUCGAGCAGCGACAGCCGUAUGAUGGAACCUACACGAAUCUCCCUUAUAUUUCAUGUAAGUAAGGCGCAGCGGCGUAACGAGGAGUUCAUGGACGGAUGUGACCGUCUGAGCGCCCCGGCCGGAAAAUUUUCUUACAUAAGAAGGCGCAGAAUUCAUCUCACUCAUUGGAAUUCUGGUAACCGUUUUGAACAGUUUUUACGGAAUUACAAUAUCGACUCAUGA